UUUUUUUUUUGUAGAGCUUCUCAGUGUUACGAGCACACAGGCAACAUGAAGAGACUUCACGUUUUAGUAAACCUUCUCACAUUUUUAUCAUCUGCCAACACAGGUUCCCACUCGUUGUGCUCGGUGGCGACGUUCAUCAUAGGAGAGACGCCUUUCCCAGAGUUCACCCUCCUGAUAAUGCUGGAUGAUAUAACAGUCUCAAGCUACGAUUCAGAUACGCAAAAGACAGUUAUGAGAGUGAACAGAACGAUAAAUAAUGAAGAGCAAGAUUUUUGCAGUUUGCUAUUUGGAAAACUGCACAAGAAUAUGCGGGAACGAGCACAUCUUCUUAAGCAGCACUUUAACUGCUCUAAAGGCGUCCAUGUGGAACAAAGGCUGGACUGUUGUGAAUUACUGAGCAAUAACGUGCAAGGGCAAAUGAAGAUGAUUGAUUCUUUUGAUGGCUUGAGCGGAUUUGUGAUGGACUAUAAUAUACACCAGCAUUCGCUCCACACCGAUAUAAAAUGGCCAAUAAGCUUUGACACAUUGCAGUAUGAAUAUCACAAGGCACUGUACCUCAAAUUUCUGCAACCUUUAUGCACAACAACUUUACAAACAUUACUUAAAGAGUUGAGGAAUUAUGCACUGAGGAAAGUGAAGCCCAGAGUGAGACUUAUGAAGCAGCAAUUCAACUCACAGUCCGGAGGGGCUCGUCUGACCUGCCUGGCCACUGGUUUUUACCCACGACACAUUAACAUGACGCUGCUGAAGGACGGCCAGGGCAUUCCCGAGCACCUCUUCACUGUGGAUGAUCUUUUGCCCAAUACAGACGGAACCUAUCAAAUGAGGAAGACUGUUGAGAUCAGCAAGGAAGAGCUCCAACAGAAACAUAACUACACCUGCACGGCUACGCACCUCAACCAGGACAACAAGAUGGAUGUUUACUGGGAAAUGCUGCUCACAGGUGACAGACCCGGUCCAAACAUUACUGUCAUCAUCACCAGUAUACUAUUUGUGUGUGUGAUCGCACCAGCAGCUGCCUUCCUCUUAUGUAAGAGAAGGCGUGCAGUUUCUCAAGCGUCCUCUCAGACAGACUACUCUUCUGCCUCGACCACGGAGGAGCAGGAGACCCGUGAAAAGUAGGACAGGAAUGUAUGGGACACUGCGAUAUAUAACCUAUAUGAAGUUGAAAAAAAUGUUAUAUUCAAUUGUUUGGGUUUUUUUUUUUAUCAUGAAUUGUUUAUAAAUAGGCCUAUAUACUUUCUAAAUGAGUAGCAUAUAACUUUAUGUGGAUUCAUGUACAAUACCUUACAAUCUAUUUGGUAUGAUAUACUUGUUAAUUUUUUAGGUAGUAUUAGAUUUAAGCCUAAAUUUGACCAAAGGUGUUGUUCAUUUUUGAACAAAAUUUGCACUAGACCCUAAUACAACAAUUUUGUUCAGUUCCCUGUACUUCUUUUUCUUCUUCUUCUCUUCUUCUUCUUCUUCUUCCUUCAGCUGUCUUACACUUGCGUCCAGUCAGUUGGUGGAUAUUUACUGCAACAUUUGCACUAUAACAAUAUUGCUUGUUAAUAAUGAUUAAUAUUGGCCUUUGUAUUACUGAUAUUGCAAACCACAAACAAAGCACUUUUUUUUUACUUUGUUCCAUGAGCAUCGUCACCAUCUCAGAUUGUUUUAAUAAACUGGAUAUGAAUGUACAUGUGCAAUAAUAAAGGUUUUUCCCCCCAUUUUUCUUUAAAAAAUUAAAUACAUUUUUUGUGAUCCAAUUUGUCCUUCUAUAGCAACAGUAGUUUACCAGUAGUUUAACAACUAGAUAAUAAUAAUAAUAAUAAUAAUAAUAAUAAAGACAACUUUUUCAUGUACUUCCGGCUCACUUCCGACUGCACGUCUGCCUGUUGCCACGCAACAGUCGCUGUUACCUAGGUUGCGGCUGUCUAUGUAGCUAUGGUUUGCUAAAGCUAGUUAAGCUGGGAUACGGUAUUUGUCAAAACAACACCAAAAAAAACUACUUAAUAAAUAA